AUGGAUGCCGACAUGUCUACAAGCCUUCAGGUUCACGACCAGGGCCCCACAUCUGGGCUACCAGUCGAGUUGUUAUUCAUGGUAUUGGAUAUUCUACGUCCCCAUGAGAAGUCCAUCCUGGGGCAGACCUGCCGUAGUCUGAGUGAUAUCACCUAUGGCAAAUCACUUGCCACAUACGACCUCCCAGACGACGAGGCGUUCGAUUAUUUACGGUGCAUAUCACACAACAACCCCGGAAAAUGGGUCUGUGCAUACUGUGCACAGCUACACACGGUCACAGAGGCCCAUCUCAGAGAGGAGUGGUGGGAUUGCUUCGCCUAUAAGAAGGGCAUGCAGGAGCAGGGCAUUCAGGAGAGUUUGGUGCCACUCUGGGACAGCACAUUUUGCAGCGACGGCUACCGCCACGUUCAACUGUCAUUGAAAUAUGACAGACUAUCCCCAAACUCUGGCGAGUGCAGGGAACGCCUCAGGCGUCUACUCACUCCCUACGAUGGCACGCCUACAUUCCCUGAACGCAAGAAUGCCAUACGAGGACACCUUCACGCGGCUCCGAGGGUCGUCCAGGGGAGGUUUAUUCUCAAAUCUACGUGGACGUUCGAUACGGGAGACACCAUACUAUCCCCCACCAUUAUGGGGACUAACGUUCCCAUAUGCAACCAUCACGGCUUCGGAAAAUCCUGUCGCGUACCUAAAACUUUGAAGAACGCGAUUGACAUGGCGUGUGAGGACCAAGGCAUCACAGUCCAUGGGAGCUGUGGAUCCUGCCCGACUGACUUUACCGUCAAGUUCCUGAGUGCUUCCGUGGCCGAGGUAUCGGCAUGGAAAGAUUUUGGGGGCGAAGUUUCGCCUCUGAGCGAUACCUGGAGGGCAAAUAUAUAUAUAUCCGUGGGGCUUCCUCUUCAUCUGGGAAACAAGCGGCGAGGGGGAGUCCGAAGUUUGUAUGAAAGAGCGUCCGCCUGA